UCUCUCACUGUGGCCUCGGACUCAGUCCCACUAAGAAGCACUUACAGCGCAGUUUUAAACGGCGCACCACAUGCAGCGUGUGUUUGUAGGACAGGAGCUGUUUUAGGAGAGAACCACAGCCCGGUUGGGACAAAACCAGAAGAAGCUCAGACGUUCUCUCCAUUGACCAACAAUGAAGGUGGUGUUCGUCCUGCUGGUUUCGUCAGCCUGGGCUUUGACCGGAGCUCAGUACUACUACCACGGCCUGAUGACUUACCUGGAGAACAGGCUGCUAGCUGUUGAGGACCGUAUGGAGUUCUGGCAAGGGCAGUCUCACCGUUUUCACACAGAGCUGCAGGAUUUCAAAAAACUAACAUCUGAGGCCAUGGAUGGGCUGAGAAAAGAGCACAGUGUGCUGUUCAAAGACGUGGAGCGAGCUGCGGUGCAAGUGGACCGCGUGGAGCGGGAGAUGGACUACGUGGAGACCCAGAUGUCCCCUCGGGCCUGUGUGGAUAAGGCUGAUAAGGUGGUGGAGCAGGGAGCCUGGAGCCUGGAGGAGAGCCGAGGAGAUGAAGAGGAGGAAAAGGACUGGGAGGAGCUACAUUCUACAGUCUCUGGUGAGCUGCAAAGUGGGACAACAAAAACCUACUGCUCUACCUUUUAG